AUGCAAAUUUUUGUGAAAACAUUAACAGAACCAUCCGAUACUAUUGAAAAUGUUAAAGCUAAAAUCCAAGAUAAAGAGGGAAUUCCUCCUGACCAACAAAGAUUAAUUUUUGCUGGGAAACAAUUAGAAGAUGGUAGAACACUAUCUGAUUAUAAUAUUCAAAAAGAAUCAACUUUACAUUUAGUUUUAAGAUUAAGAGGAGGUAUGCAGAUUUUUGUAAAAACAUUAACUGGAAAAACCAUAACUCUUGAUGUAGAACCAUCCGAUACUAUUGAAAAUGUUAAAGCUAAAAUUCAAGAUAAAGAAGGAAUCCCUCCUGAUCAACAAAGAUUAAUUUUUGCUGGGAAACAAUUAGAAGAUGGUAGAACACUAUCUGAUUAUAAUAUUCAAAAAGAAUCAACUUUACAUUUAGUUUUAAGAUUAAGAGGAGGUAUGCAGAUUUUUGUAAAAACAUUAACUGGAAAGACUAUAACUCUUGAUGUAGAACCAUCCGAUACUAUUGAAAAUGUUAAAGCUAAAAUUCAAGAUAAAGAAGGAAUUCCUCCUGACCAACAAAGAUUAAUUUUUGCUGGGAAACAAUUAGAAGAUGGUAGAACACUAUCUGACUAUAACAUUCAAAAAGAAUCAACCUUACAUCUAGUUUUAAGAUUAAGAGGAGGUUGCUAA